AUUGUUAGCAUAGAUAUGUAGUGUUACAGUCAUGAUUGAUCUUCAGAUGUCUUGAAAGAAGGGAGCAAACGCUCGCUUGGGCUAUUUAAACUAGAAUGAAGUUAACCUCAAGCAAAAUGAAAAAUCGCUUUAGUGCGGACUGUGUUAUAGCUUGUUAUGGUUGCAUUCAAUGUAAUAACCUGUUUCAUCUUCUUAUCACUUUAUUGUCAUAAUUGCAAAUUCCUCAUUCCAUAUAUCUCUACUUAGUAGCCAAUCCCUUGUUCAAAUUUUCUCUCAGUAACUCGGAAGUAAUUGUUAUGUGAAAUUCCGCAAGUGUGACUGUCAUCAGUUUGAUGGUUUUAAAAAAACUUCUUUAAUGCGACCCAAGGAGAUCUAGCGAGGAAUGCCUCAAUCUGACGAAUGUUUGUUUACAAACAUCAAAGGUUGCGUGACGAUGACAACAAUAUUCGCUGAUAACUUGCAAAUGAGCACUCGGGGCCCUUCAACUGACAGUUCAUCAAGCGUGACUGAAACGAACUUGCUGAGUCACUGCAGAAAGGAAUAGUUACAUAAUUGCUCGAUCAUCAACCUUUCUGAAGACAGCAGCAAGUGACGGUAAACAUGUUACUCCUGGAAGAGCUCCCAGGGUUUCUAACAGUGCUGAUCAACCUGCACAUGAGAUUUGACUCGACCUACGUGCAGAAAGAACCCGUAAAUUUCACUUCGCAGAAUCCUGUCGGUGACUGCCCUGGAUCACUCAACGGAGCGAUGCGAGACCCAAACAAAUGUCUUAUCGUCGUCCAAGAAUGGUGGGGCAUGAACGAGCAGAUCAAACAGCAAGCGCUAGAUAUAGCCGGUCUGGGCAAUUUUACGACAGUGGUACCUGAUUUAUACAGGGGAGUAGUCACUGAGAACCCAACGGAAGCGAUUCAUAUAGUAAGAAACUUGAAUUAUGCUGGUGCCGUUCAGGACAUUAAGGGUGCUGCACAGUACCUUCUAAAACAAGGUUGCAAGAAAGUUGGCAUUACUGGCUUCUGCAUGGGAGGUGCCUUGUCACUCGCCGCCGCGGCCCUAGUGCCAGAAAUCUCUGCCGCCGCACCGUUUUAUGGCAUUCCUGAUCCUCAGCUCGCCAACGUGUCUACCAUUAAAAUACCGGUGCAGUGCCACUUCGGAAAAUUAGACGUAUCAAACACAACCAACAUUAUAGAAUACACCAAGCUCAGGCAACAACUGGACGCGGGAGGCGUUAAUUACGAGUUCUAUGAAUACGAAGCCGGCCAUGCUUUCACCAAUCCGCACAGUCGUAAUUAUAACGAAUCCAUAGCUAAGCUGUCAAUUGGUCGAAUGAUUGACUUCAUGAACAAAUAUUUGGGAGGUUCAGAAAAGUAGGGAGCGCCCUGUUAGAAAGGAUCAACCAUUCCUUCGCUAAUUUAUUCAUGCUAUUAUAGGCACAGUAAGCAGCUUAAAGCACUGAGUUAGCGAGUAUAAAUAAGAGGCAUACUGGGGGCGUAGUAGGUCGCGCACUGGGUUCGAAUCAAGGCCAGGUGACUGUGUUACGUUCCCAGGCAACGCAUUUCACUAUUACUAACAACUCCUCCGUGCUCUCAGGAGUGUCAGUAAAUUGAUUACCGGCAGACUGUUCUGGAAAUUCAAUGAAUUGGCGAGGAUUUUGCCUACGAUUGAUUAGAAUUCUGACUAGGUGGAGUUACAUUUCUCCUUUUCGUUGCCUAUUCCUUUAAAAGGCAGGAUAACUCUUUGUAAAAACGAGGGAGUUAAAUGUCUGAGAAAGGUUUUCUUCUUUUUUCACCGCUAUAAAAGCACCACUGAUUAGUUACUGUCAUCACUGUGAAUAUUAUUGCGUGUUUUCACUGUAAUAAAUUUAUGCUGACCUGGA